AUGAAUGUAACACAAGAAACUUCAAAUUACAUAUCAAAAUCUAGAAAAUUUCAUGAUUCGUGGGCACUUAUACUAUAUGCAAUAUCAUUCUUAGGAUUUUCUACUUAUGCAAUUGUCAAAGAGAAAAGCUUCUCAUUGGAUUUGUCUUUUGCUGAGCCAGUUAUUAAGAAUACUUUAUUUUGCUCUAUUGUUGUGCUUGUGGCGAUAACUCUUAAUUUUGUAGGGUUUCGAUUUGUUCCAGUUUUUUUCUUAAAGGCAACGGUUUGUACAUUUCCUUUAGUUUUGAUUGCUACAUUGUUUUUUUUUGAGUUCCAUGCAAUAUCAUUAUUUUAUUCAUUAUUUGCUAUAUUUCUUUGGGCAGUGUUUGUAUAUAGAAAUUGGGUUUACUCUGGCGUAAUGGCUAAGACAAUGUGUGUUGGUGUCAAAAUUAUGCUGUCAAAUUUUUUUACUACUUUAUUAGGAAAUAUUAUGUGCCUUUCACUAAUAAUUCUACAAAUUUUUUUGAUGACACAAUUAAGAACCAAGUUAUCAUUACAUCAUUCAAAAAUGCAGGAAAAUCUUUUUACUUUUUUUUAUAUUCUUAAUCUUUUUUGGACUCUUAGCAACGCUAUAUAUUUUUUUAAAGUUUAUAUAACAUCUGUUGUAUCAUACAAUUUGGUAGAAUUUGGAGAACAUUCAAAAAUGUCACCAGUGAUAAAAAAUACAAUGUAUGCAUUGGGUAGUAUAUGCUUUGCUGGUCUAAUGGUUGCAGUGGUAUCAACAUUGAGAUUUUUUGUAGAUCAAGAAAAGGACAGAAGAUCAAACAACAGGGAUAGAAACAAUUUAAAUGGUUUCUUUAAAAAUUUUUUGACUGUAUUACUAAGUGCUUUAGAAGAUAUAAUAGAGUUUAUAAAUGCUUUAACUCUUCCAUACAUAGCAGUACAUGGUGAGGGGUACAUCGAAUCAGUUAAAAAGUCUUAUGAUAUAUCUUUGAGGCAAAAUUCUUUUGCUGCAACUGGAAUGGCAGCCUUGAACAUUUCGUUAUUUAUAACUCAAGUUUCAGUCACAAGUAUUUGUCUUGGAUUUUCAAUAGCACUUGCUAAAAGCUAUUUUAACGACAUGAUAAUUUUCAAAUCUAUAAUUUAUAGUGCUUGUAUUCCUUUGAUAUGUUUUUCUACAAUAAUGAUGAUAUUUUCUUCGGCUUUCCUUGGUAUAAUAUACAUUAAAACAGAAAAUGAAGAUCUAAUUAUUAGCAAAUAUAAAUCAGAGCUUAA